AUGGGGAUGGAAGAAGAAGUUCGGUGCCAGUAUCUUCGACGAGUUGAGGUACGGCCCGACUUGAAAAAAAUUACGAACAAUCUCAAAACGGAGAAAAAAAAGACUAUUCUGAAACAAGUCUUCUUGGAAAAAACGCAAUGUUCCACAUGGGAAGAAGCGGAAGAGACCUACGAGCCAUAUGUUCACAUGGUAGAUGAUUACCUGGAUUUUAACAUCAAUAGACGAUGCGUUCCUACAGAGUUCGUAAAGUUUUGUGAUGCCGCCAAAGAACAUCGGGCCAUGGAGUCUGUAGAUAUAUCAGUUGACAUCAACUUGACAUCAAGGACUCACCAGGACUUGAUAAACCACAACAGCAUCAAGUCCCUUGUAACAUCUACUAAAAGAAAACUGGAAGACAGAGUCCGGCAGAUCUUGAAGAAAAUUAAACCAGAUGACUGA